AUGAGGGAAAUGACUAAGAGGAAGUCUGCCGAGAAAUGCGAGAAACCAGGAAUGGCGAAGCAAUCCAAGAACGAGAUCGAUCACAAAACCACCACCGAACCUGCUGCUAUUGAUCAGCUUUUCCAACCACUUCGAAAAGAGAUCAAUCAACUUCAAGCUAAAUAUAACGAGAAGGAGGAGGCAUAUAGUCUUCUUUCGCAGCGGCUUGACAGUCGAGUGAGAAGUUAUGACCGUCUCAAGGCGAAGCACGAUGAGUUUUGGAAUCUCUGCGACGGCAUGAAGGACCAAUAUGCUUCGCUCGAACAAGACUACGGAUCAUCAAUGGACAGCUAUAAAUCCGAACAGGUAAAGUGCCAAGCUCUUGAGCGGAAGCACAAGUCCCUCGAGAUCACAAACAAGACUCUUAGUGCUCAAGCUAUCUCUCAAAAGUCAGAAAUCAAGCAGCUGAAAGCUGAGCUUGCAAAGGAAAAGAGAAGAAGCAUAUACUACAAAGGCGAAGAUAUCAAACUGAUCUCUGAUAUGCUCGGAACCACUCGAGAAUGGACUAAAAAGUUUGAGAAGAUGAAUUUUGAGGCGAAUGUGGCGUUCAGCGAAAUGAAUAAAUACAGAGAGAUGGAAGACGAAUACCGAUAG